AAUUGUGUUGUUUUCUCGUUCAAUGAGAUCGUUGUAUUUAUCUGCUGAAAAAAUAAUAAUUGCCAGUUUACAGUUUGUACCAGUAGUGAGUUCAACACAAAAGGUUUUUUUGGGGGGCAGCACUAUAGAUUUGUUAUUCAUUCGGUUUUAGCUGUUUCCUUUAUGGUUUUGCUUCCUGCACUUUGAACUUUAUUCAGCCUUUUGAGUGACUUGUAUGCAUGUGACAUGAUAUAUUUAGCCCAGCGCUAUAAAAUCACGUGCGGUGGCAGCGAUCCUCUACACGCAUACCUACAGGCUCGUACGUGCUUACACGUACUGUUGUUUAACGUGGUAGCUGAGUUUUGUCGUACAUUUUGCGUCGUUAGCCAUUUUGUUGUGUCACUCAGCAGUCGUCAUGUCUGGAUGUGGUGGGAUGGCAAGUAACAGACACGCUAGGCGUGAAGCCCGUGCAGAAGUGCGUGAAGCUCGUCUACACAAUAAGGCUGCCCAUGCGGCAAUGCGUGGAAACGUCGCCAGGGCUGCUCGUCUGGAGAUGAAAGCUAACGUGGCUCACCGGAAGGCAGAGCGGGAACACAUACUGGCCCACGCCACCAGUAGGCCUAAUCCUGCUACUGUGGUGCAUGUGGUACACCACAUAUCUCCAACUCCACCGCCACCUGCAUACUCAUCUGCCCAAAACGCAUCCCCAGCGGCACCCACUGACUACCCAGCUGCACCCACUGGCUACCCAGCUCCACCCAGUUACCCAGGCCAACCAGCAUACCCAGCUGCAUCUGUCCCUCCUUAUCCGGGACCCACUACGCACCCAAACCCUUACACAUAAAGCGCACAUCCCUGGUGCCUCUGUUGUAAAACUUUAAAGUAAUAGCAAGUUAUUUAUCGUCCCAGAUGUAUACCCACAUCGACCUUUUGGUCGAUAUUGUCAGCCUGGUUACACUUAAUUGGUUCUGCCAACACAAAAUUAUGUGACGGUAAUUUCUUGAGAUAAACGACAUACAGUUUUGUCACUUUUAAUCUAAAUAUUGCAGUGGAUUUCUUAUAUCUGGCUUGUUUAGUUUAGGUUCCAUUUAUUGAAGUUUCUUUAAUGCUGUUAAAACAGUCAACAGUUAAAACUAUUUCUUAAGGUUGUAAGUAGUAAAAGUCAACGGUAGUUGUUUCUUUUCAUCAUUAUAAACCCCAUUUCAAAUUUAGGCCACAAAUGACAAUAAAAGGUUGGAAGUGAGAAAUUUGCUACCUGGGGUUACCACAAAAAGACAUUUAUGUUUGGCCCCAGAUGUGGUUUGUUUAAUUGUUUGUGCUGUAAAUUUGUGAGGAAAAGGGGAAAUUGUUGUAUGCCUUUAAAGAUGAACUACAGAGUAGUCAAAAGGUUUGGCCCUGAGUUCACUCAAUAGCAACACACAAAAACGACUAUCGAGUUUUGUGCCAUAUUCAAAAAGUCUCCUAAACAAUGAAUUUAUUCAUCACUGCGAGAAUGCUGUAUUGACAAUUACACACAGUCACAUUGCAAACGUAGCACUUUGCAGAAUUUUACAAACAUAAUAAUAACAUCGGGGCCUUAGUCAUUAUCUUGCCUCUAAGACUAAAGCCAAUUAAAGCAACAUUAAGUAAAUAUAAUCCAUCUGGGCUCCCAUCACAUCACAAUUAACUGAAAUUGGAGAAACUUUACGUAUUUUUUAAACCCAUAGUACAACUACAGAGUACAACUGACACUCGUAUUUUAGAACCAAAACUUGGCAACAUGUAUCAAAGCUGCAAAGCGAUAUCAGUGAGACUAGAAGAGUGGUUUAUAUUGACAGACAUUCGAAAGAUGGGGUUACGAAUCAUUACCUUUACCGAUGGAGGUGUGUUUUUGCGACCUCAGCAGAAACAUGUUUGCAACUUCGACGCAACAGCUUUUGGGAAUUUGUUACAUUCACAACUGCGCGUUACCUACAUACUUUUUAAAACAUUCUUCAGUAAUGGCAGGGUCUAUAGUGGAAUUGUAUUACACAUGAAUGAAAUAGAUCUUUGAUACAAUAGUCUUAUCCAGACCGAAAGACCAAUUUGCAAAUUGUUUACCGUAAAACCAAUGGUUUGUUGUACACCUAGAAUAAAGUUGAUACCAACAAC